AUGAGAACGAAAUCGCCUUCGUCACGGGGAUCGGUGAUAGACGUCCUUGCGUGGAUCGUUCUGCUGGUGACUUUGGUCUUCUUUGUGCUGACCCCGAUUCUGCUGAAUAAACAAGUCCCAUCUUUGGUUACCCUAUCCGAUGAACAAACCACCGACGCAGGGGUCGUCAAGUUCCGCUUGAUCAGGAAGGACGACAACAACAGCACUUCCACCAGUUCCGGUGAUGGGAGUGACAGCAGCUCGACCGACUCAAGCUAUUCUGAAACCUCCGAUGAUGACCCAACUUCGUCUUUCUCUUCCUACUCAUCGUCGUCGUCCUCUUCGUCAGCACACACGACGCAAGCAUCCAGCUCUUCAGAGGAGUCCAGCAGCACUCAUAGCUCAAGCAACGAGCCUUCGACUUCCCAGUCGUCGACGAUCUCGAGUACUGCUUCCAGCUCACACACUUCUGACACAUCCAACAGCCAGACAACCAACUGGACCACACAAAGCUCCUCGUCGGCGUCUUCCUCGACUACGCCGUCUUCUUCGAGCUCCUCGUGGUCCUCGGACUCAGGCGGUGACCAGUCGUCUUCGGAUCAGAGUACUCAGAGCGAGUCGUCAUCCGGUGACAAAUCCUCUUCCACUUCAGAUACCCCAUCAUCCUCCACCGCAUCGAGCUCAUCCUCGCAAUCAGCCUCUAGCUCUGCAAACACGUCGCGUUCUGAGUCAGCUACCGAGUCCUCAUCGUCAACCGCAUCAUCUGAAAACGCUUCUUCCACCACCUCGGCGUCGUCUCAAACCUCAGAAGCCUCUGCGUCGUCCCCGACUUCCGAAUCGUCUUCGUCCACAGCUGCCAGGGCCUCGUCGUCGCCGUCGUCGUCUGUGAACGAAAACACGGAUCGGUCAUCUGGUGGUCUUUCGUCGAAAAACAAAAAAAUCGUGAUUGGAGUGGUCGUUGGACUUGGUGUCCCGCUGUUACUGCUGCUCCUGCUUGCACUGUUCUUCAUCUACAAGAAACGGAGACCUAAGACAGACUACUACGUUGACUCCAACGGCCGGAUGGUGGGUCUGAUGGAAAGCGGCUGGCUCCAGAAGCUGGCGUUCUGGAAUAGAGACAAAAACAAGGGCGAUUUCGGCGACGAUGACGAUGAAGAUUUGAGUGGAUUCAACAAACAUUCGACAGGCGAGACGGGAUUCGUGGUGAAUAGAGCCAAAACUGUGAGACAUACCAAUCCUGGUACCACUUUUUAA